AGAUGACAGCGGGAUGGGCGCGGCUUGUAGUCCGAGUGUGAGCGUCCUCGAUCGGGGAGGAUGUGAGGGUGUGAGCGGUGGAGUCACCUCCUCCGUCCCACUUACUCCCUCUUCUUCCUCCUUCAUCUUCUCCUUCGUCUUCGUCGAAAGUGGGCGACGGUUACGCCACCAUUGGGACCAUGUUUUAAGGACCACCUCGACACCCUCAUUGUUCUCCGUCUUGCUGUUAGCGCAAAUCUUUUUUUUCUGGAGAUGGGGCGGAAGAAGAUCCAGAUCACCCGCAUCGUGGACGAGAGGAAUCGGCAGGUGACGUUCAUGAAGAGAAAAUUUGGCCUGAUGAAGAAAGCGUAUGAGCUGAGCGUGCUGUGCGACUGCGAGAUCGCCCUGAUCGUCUUCAACAGCUCCAACAAGCUGUUCCAGUACGCCAGCACCGACAUGGACAAGGUGUUGCUCAAGUACACCGAGUACAACGAGCCCCACGAAAGCAGGACCAACUCUGACAUCGUUGAGGCGCUGAACAAGAAAGAGCAACGAGGCUGCGACAGCCCGGAUGCGGCCGAUGGGGCCACCUAUGCCCUGACGCCAAAUACUGAAGCCAAAUACAAGAAGAUCAAUGACGACUUUGACGAUAUGAUCAGGAGCCACAAGAUGUCGUCAAGUGUACCACAGCCGAAUUUGGUGCAUGUGGAAGGAGGAGGAACCAGUGAUGGACGAAUGAUGAUGGUGGCAUCUCAGCACGGUCACCUGCACAGGAACAUGCACGCGAUGAACAGGUCUACCAGUACCGCCACCGCAGGUGAAAUGCAAAGCAGUUCUGAUCUGAUCCUGCAGAAUGGAUCUGGACCAGAUGUGAACGGCUUUGUGGAAUCAUCUGGAAAAAUCCGCCCACCUAAAUCUCCGACGCCGGCACGCAAGUCUGAUCUGCGAGUGCUCAUCCCUGCAUCCAAAGGCGGGAUGGCCACACUGGGUGAGCAACAUCUGUCGAGUCCAGCUUUGAACACACCGGUGGUCUCCAUCAGCACCCCCAGCCUGACUCAGCACAACCUGCUGUACAGCACCAUCAACUCUGCCUACAACAACGAUUACGAUCUGAGCAGCGCUGAACUGUCAGGUUUCUCCUCUCCCACUGGACCACCUUUAAACUCCAUGACCACAUGGCAACAACAACAGAUGACCACCUCACUGGGGCCAGGCAUCACCACCAACCAUAGCAACAUCAGCAUCAAGGCCGAGCCCCCUUCCCCCCCUCCUCCUCGGGGCUACUCGUCUGCCCCUGAGGUCGCCGCCCGGCGGGACGAGCAUCCAGCACGCCUUCGCCCGGACUUGCUGCCGCUGGCUGCCGCUCGCUCAGAGGCUGACGACAGUGCGGCAACCAAGCGUCUGCGCAUGGACAGCUGGGUCACUUAGAUGAAUGAUUGCCGUUCUGCAAAUUCAACGGACACACUUCCUGGUCUCAGGGUCACUAAAAGCAAUACAGUAAACAGCACAUCCUGCCCCCCAAAAGUAUCAAAUUAUUUUCUUUAACAUGCAACAAAAUGCCAAUUACUACAUUGCUCUGGAUGCAUUAUAAAAAAAAAUUCUGUUGUUUUGUAUAUAUACCUUUAAUAUAUCACUUUGGCUGGAACCAGGAAUCGAUCUUCUAUUAUUAUUAUUAUUAGCAUACAUUUUACGUGUUCUUACUGUAUGCAUGUCCUUUUUUCCAGUAUGGUGGACGGAUGAUAAGCAAAUCUGCCUAAGACUUCUGAGGAUCUGGAUUUGAGUCUCAGCGAGGAGUUUGCAUGUUCUCCCCUUUCUUGCAUGGUUUUUAUGCGUGUACUCCUCCUUCCUCCCACAUUCCAAAAACAUGAUACUCCUUGCGGGGGUGUCAAACUUAUUUUUGUCACGGGCCACAUUGUAGUUAUGGUUUCCGUCAGAGGGCCGUUAUGGAACUAUAAACUGUAAUUGUAGGCCUCAUCAUAUUGUUACAUAAUACACAAAUUGAUCAGAAUCAGAAUCAUCUUCAUUUGCCAAGUAUGUCCAAAAAACACACAAGGAAUUUGUCUCCGGGAGUUGGAGCCGCUCUAGUACGACAACAGACAGUCAAUUGACAGAGAAUACUUAUGAGUAUAUAAAGACAUUGAAAAAACAGUUGCUGAGCAAUAAAAGGUUGCUAUUAAUCUGGUAAUGCCAGUACAAUUAUUAUUAUUUUUUUGACAAUUGUGCAAAAAGAUGCAGAGUCCUCUAGCACUUAGAGCAGUUUGAAUGACUAAUAUAGCAAUAAUCCGGUGCAAUGAACAUUGUGCAAAAGGCGCCGAGACUUCAAGGAGUGUAUGCAGUUUAAAGUGACGAGAAGUGCGAUAAUCUGGGACAAUGUUGAUUAUGCAAAUUUUGCAGAUACUCCUCAGUCAGUGUGCAAGUGGGGCAGAUGUUACUCUGGCAUGAGUGGCCAGUAUUGGUCAACAACAGAUAUGCAAAUAGUGCAGCGUGAGUGCACAAGUAUGUAUAAUUGGCCCGACAGAAAUGUGACAACAAACUCAAGACAAAAAAAUUGGCAGCAUGUUGCAACGAAAUUGUAGGUUAGCUGUUUAAGAAGUUCAUUGCAAGAGGGAAGAAGCUGUUGGAAUGUCUGCUAGUUCUAGUUUGCAUUGAUCGGUAGCGCCUACCUGAGGGAAGGAGCUGGAAGAGCUGGUGACCAGGAUGUGGAGGGUCCGAGAGGAUUUUGCACGCUCUUGUCUUAGUUCUGGCAGCGUGCAAGUCCUCAAGGGUGGGUAGAGGGGUACCGACAAUCUUUUCAGCCGUUUUGAUUGUCGGUUGCAGUCGGAGUUUGUCCUGUUUUGUUAAUUUCUUUAGUCAGCUGGUUUCUAGCUCAAUUAUACAGGGCCCUGUCUCCGCUUUGAUAUGCGUCCUUCUUAGCUUGGCGAAGCUGCUUAAGUUUGGCAGUGAACCACGGCUUGUUGGUUUUGAAUGUACAAAAUUACUUUGUUGGUACACACACAUCUUCAUAUAAACUAAUAUAGGAUGUGACAGUGUCCGUAUAUUCAUCCAGGCUGCCAGCUGAAUUUGAAAAAAACACUCCAGUCUGUGCAUUCUAGACAGCUUUGAAGUUCUAUCUUUGCUUCGUUGGUCCACUUUUUCACUGUUUUCACUGUAGGCUUCACGCAUUUAAGUUCUUGCCAGUAUGUCGGUAUUAAGUGAAUUAAGCAGUGAUCAGACGAGCCCAGUGCUGCACGAGGUUUGGCACGGUAUGUGUUAUUUAGCGUAGUAUAGCAGUGGUCUAAAAUGUUAUUUUCCCUGGUAGGACUGUCGAUGUGCUGCUUGUAUUUAGGGAGUUUGUGGUUGAGUUUAGCUUUGUUAAAGUCCCCGAGAAUAAUGAGGGGUGAGUCCGGGUGUUUUUUUUUAAAUUUUGUUUACUUGUUCGACGAGCGUUAGCAGUGCGGCAUCCGUGUUAGCUUGAGGUGUAGACACCAGCAAGAACGAAUGAUGCAAACUCAUGAGGAGAGUAGAAUGGCUUACAGUUCAAAAACAGCAACUCUAAAUCCGGGCUGCAGUGUGUGGUGAGCUCCGUGACGUCCGUACACCAUUAUUGAUAUAGAAGCAUAUUCCGCCGCCUUUUGAAGAUGGAAGCCGGGAAGCACGACGGCGCCAAUAGGUACAGCCUCACAGAGCCAAGUCUCCGUAAAGCACAUGGCGGCGGAACGUCCAGUCUUUACUGGUCUUUAUCAGAAGAUGAAGCUCAUCCAUUUUGUUGGGUAGGGAGCGUAAAUUCGGGAGGUGGAUCGACGGAAACGGCAAUCCGUAUCCUCUCUUGCGGAGCUUCACUUGGAUGCCGGCUCGCUUCCCUCUGUGGCGUCCCCUUCGCCUCCAUGCGCCAAAGACCACGGUCGCUGCUGCGGUGAGUAACUCGGGGGAAAAAACUGAGCGGAUUUGCGAAAGUUGGUGAAAGAAAGUCCGGAGUAGCCUCCUUGAUGGUUAGCAAGUCUCCCCUUGUGUAAGUGAGUCAUGUAAUGUCUCCAAACGCUAAUGAUUUGCUUUCGUGGGCUACAUGAAAGGAUGUAGUGGGCCAGAUUUGACCUUCUGGCCUUGGGGUUGACACCUGUGUUCAGUUUGAAUAUUCAUUCAUUGAUUUUCCACACAGCUUAUCGUCACUUGGGUGUGGGCGUGCUGGAGCCUAUCCCAGUUGACUCUGGGCGAGAGGCAGUGUGCCAGCCAAUCACAGGGCACAUAUAACCAAACAACCAGUCGUUCUCACAUUCACACCUACGGACAAUUUAGUCUUCAAUUAACCUACCAUGCAUGUUUUUGGGAUGUGAGAGGAAACCGGAGUACCCAGGGAAAACCCACACAGGCACAGGGAGAACAUGCAAACCCCACACCGGCGAGGCCAGAUUUGAACCCGGGUCCUCAGAACUCUGAAGUAGAUGUCGGCCUCCUUGCCACAGGUUAAAUAUAUUCGCUCUUAUUCAAGAUGUUUUGUUUGACAGUCUUAGGUAAUUAUUAUUAUUUUUUUUUUGCCAUUUAAAGUUUUGUUUGAUUCUUUUUGGCACCAAUCUGAUUACAUAUGUUAACUAAAGCCCUAAAUUGUCCAUAGGUAAGAAUGUUAGUGUGAAUAGUCACUUUUCUAUAAGUGCCCCUGUGAUUGCCCGGCAACCAAUCUAGGGUGUACCCCACUUGUCUCACCAAAAUUCAUCUCAGAUUAAUUCAAGGCUUUAAAUUGGAAUUCACAUAAUGAGGGGACACCCUCAAAUCACAAAGUCUCUCGCAUUCAAGGGUGGCAGAACGACUUUGAAAGUGGAGGGACACAAUACUUUUGGGGCACUUUUUCCCCGCUCCAAGGGAACUUUUUCAACAUCAUCGAUCUGGGGACGGGUAUCGAACAUUUUCAGUCGCACUUUUUGCCGCUCCGAGGGCACUUUUUGCUACACAGAGAUGGGCACUUAGGGUAAACACAAAGAGGCACUUUGGGUAAAAACUGGGGAGGCACAUGGCUUCUGCGGCCUCGGCUAGCAUUAAUAUUGUUCAGAGUAAAUAAAGUUAUUUGUCUAAAUGUAUGUCAAGGAAACACAAAGAGAACCCCCACAGCUGGCAAUGUAUUUUUUCCUCCAAGUCAAUAUCAAGGCAUUAUUGACGUCAUACACUGCCCAUCUAUUCGACUUCACAUAUGAGGAAUUCGGAGACAAUUUUUUGUGUUUGCAAACAGGGGCGUCAAACUGGGAGAACAUGACAAGUAUAAAGGAGCCCUGACCGUUUUUCAGGCCCGGGUGUCCGACAGGGUGGAAAAGGAAAUUCUACCCCCAUUUGACUAAUUUAGCAAAACAUAAUGGCGAGCCUUUUAGCUAACAGCAGCUCUAUAGCUCACUAUGUCAUUUCACCAUCGAAAAAGGACAUUUGUGCCAUUAAGACAAGCAACAGGAGAGUCAAUUAGCCAGUUUCUCAAUGAUCAUGUUGACUGAUUGAAUUUCUACCAAGUCUAUUUUUGAAUUAACUUGUCAUUUGAUAUGUAAGUGAUGGCCAGCGUUCCGUCUCUCUUGGAAGCAAUUUACCUUGCAUGAUGGCUUCUUUUCGUCUGACACUUAACAAAUUCAAAUUAGAGCGGGAGAGAAGAACCAUCCUUCGAACCAUUUACCCUGUUUUCUCAUUCGCUCUGCCUUGGUCAAAUGGCAUGUGAGGUUUUGUUUACAAAUUAUGCCAUUGGCGAAAACUAAGGAUUUUGCCAUCCAGAAAUACGUGUGAUGUCAUGGUGAAAUGUCCUAUUAAGAAAUAAAAAAAUACAUAAAGUA